AUGCCACCCCCAAACCAACAACCCUCAAAGCCCAUGCGCAUCCUCGAUCCAUACGAGGCCAAGAGACUCUCCAAGAAACCCGCCACAGCAAACACCGGUCCAGAACUACAAAAAUAUCCCUCAUUAGCCGCGCACACCACUGCAGGCCCAAGCCUCGUGCGCAAACGCUUCCUCCCAACUUUCAUAUCCAGCAUACGCGAGCGCUAUGCCGCCCUCCCAACACCAGUCCGACGAACGUGUCGCGCGCUCCGAAUAUUCGGAACCCUCGUCCCAAUUGGCCUUUUCUUCUCCGAACACGUGGCGCGACUGAUGUGGGUGCGCGGGCCGUCAAUGACACCAUACCUAAACGAAGACUACGAGCAGACACAGACCAAGAGCGAUAUGAUACUAGUCAGUAUGUGGCCGUAUGGCGCGACAUGGCCGUGGCAAAGACAGAUAAAGAGACGCCUUGAGCGGGGAAUGGUGGUGACUUUCCGGUCACCGGCCAAUUCUUCGCAUGUCGCUAUCAAGCGCGUUGUUGGACUUCCUGGAGACCGGAUUACGACUCGGGAACCGUGCAUGAAACGCACUCAGAUUGUUCCCUUUAACCAUGUUUGGUUGGAGGGCGAUGCGGAGGAUCCGAAGAGGACGCUUGAUAGUAAUACUUACGGUCCGGUGAGUAUCAGUUUGAUCACAGGCCGAGUGGUCGGUGUGAUAUCCCCACGCUUCCGGUGGUUGAAGUGGCAGGAUUGGGAGGCAGGGAAGCUAGACGACGAGGAGAACUACCGACAGAAUGUGCGUGACCGGGUCUUGAAGGAAGCCGUCCGAAUGGAGGAGCCUGCAUUUGAGUGA